AGCCCCGGCACUCAUAAACGAGUGAAGAGCAAAUAUUUCAUGAUUUAAGUCAAGAUUUCUAUUUACGACUAGUUACUAUCAAAAAAAAAUAAAUUUGUUUAGGAUAUUUUUAAACAUUCAUUGUGACUCGUAACUCCCAAUGUGAGCAAGCCUCCAUUGAAGAAGUCACAGCAAAGUUCACCUGUUAUCUUCCAGUAUUGUGACAACUGCGCUUGAAUUUAAUUUAACUGCGCUUUUGAGCUGUGGAGAGGUGAAGACAAGGUGUUGAGAGACAUGUAUAUCAGGUCCAUACAACGUAGCCUCAGAUGUGUUUAUUGUGCACUAGAAGCCAAUCCAGCAAGGAAGUUCUCCUCCACACAAUACAGUAUGGCGUCUAUUAAACACAAGAAUGCAAAAAGGAUAGAAGGACUAGACAAAAACGUAUGGGUUACCUUCACAUCUGUAGCAGCAGAUCCCUCCAUUGUAAAUCUUGGUCAAGGUUACCCAGACAUCCCCCCGCCAUCUUACGUGAAAGAUGGUCUUGCACAGGCUGCAAUGGUGGACCAACUUAACCAGUACACACGAGGCUUUGGUCACCCAACUCUGGUGAAAGCCCUGUCUCAGGUGUACAGUAAGGUGUACAAGCGUCAGAUCGACCCUUUCAAAGAGAUCCUGGUAACAGUGGGAGGAUAUGGUUCUUUAUUCAGCAUUUUUCAGGGCCUUGUGGAAGAGGGAGAUGAGGUUAUUAUAAUUGAACCGUUCUUUGACUGCUAUGUUCCUAUGGUUAAGAUGGCAAGAGCCAAACCGGUUUUAAUACCACUGCGCCUUAAAUCUGGGAAGAAGGCAGACGUCAGCAGUGCAGACUGGGUUCUGGAUCAGGAUGAACUUGCCAGUAAAUUUAAUUCCAAAACAAAAGCCAUCGUUAUUAACACUCCGAACAACCCCAUUGGGAAGGUGUUCAGCAGGAGUGAGCUGCAGGCUAUUGCAGAUCUCUGCAUGAAGCACGACACACUGUGCUUCAGCGAUGAGGUGUACGAGUGGCUCGUAUACAAGGGGCACAAUCAUGUGAAGAUGGCGACACUUCCUGGCAUGUGGGACAGAACCAUUACUAUUGGCAGUGCAGGAAAAACAUUCAGUGUGACAGGUUGGAAGCUAGGUUGGUCAAUAGGGCCCGAGCACUUGGUCAAACACCUCCAAACUGUCAUGCAGAACACACUGUACACCUGUCCAACACCACUACAGGAGGCAGUUGCGCAUGGACUCCUGCUUGACUGUGAGCGAAUGGGACAGCCUGACUGCUAUUUUACCUCCCUAGCUGAAGAGUUAGAGGGAAAGAGAGACCGCAUGGCGGCCAUUUUGAAGCAGGCCAGGAUGUGUCCUGUAGUUCCUGAAGGAGGCUACUUCAUGCUCGCCGAUGUCACAGCCCUCAAUCAGGAUCUUUCGGGUGUGGAAGGUGACGAGCCGUAUGACUACAAGUUUGUCAAGUGGAUGAUAAAGGAGAAGAAAAUGGCGGCCAUACCUGUAACAGCAUUCUGCGGGGAUGAGUCCCAAAAGCAGUUUGAGAAAUACAUCCGCCUGUGUUUCAUUAAGCAAGACAGCACCCUGGACGCUGCUGAGGGCAUUCUGAAGAACUGGAACAAAGCCUGAUCCUGGAUGUUCAACAACACUGCAUUAACCUUAAUCACUACAUGCUGUAGAGUAGAUCUACAUUUCUUAUGAUGUACAGAGGGUGUCAGGAUUUAGACCCAGGGCUGGGUACAGCAGUGUUUAUAAGCAAUGACGGAGAAGCAGCACUUCCACUGAAGUCAAUGAUAUCAUGAUAUGAUAUCAAGAUAUCAUGUAUAAUACAGAUUCACUAGUAGUGCAAAUGCAGCACAUUUGAAAAGAUGUAAUGUAAUGUUAUCUUACUGGUCUUAAUGGUUAUAGACAGACCAUACAAUAUAUGAUAGAUAAGUAAUAAGUAAUAUGAUUUAUAUAGGCUUCUUGGCAUUGGCUGCUUACCUCGCUUAUUGGUUAAGUCCGCCCCUGCUAAUGGGUAAUGGUCCAGUGUUUUACCUCUUAACAAGUGUUCAGAUUCCUCAAUUUUCUUUUGUCAUGUCUUUUCUGUCCUAGUUCUUUGUUGUUGUAUGUUUCUGUAGCACCAGGUCCUGGAGAAACGUUGUUUCAUUUCACCAUGUACUGCAUCAGCUACAUGUGGUUGAAAUGACAAUAAAGCUUCUUGAAGGUUUGUCUCA